AUGUCCCACCCUGGUCAGUCAAAGUAUCGUCUUAACCCAAAGCCGUCGUACACCGACAAGAUGACCGAAACGAGGUCAACGAUCCGUCGCAUUAUGUUACAAGCUUUACGGGACAUUACGCAUGAUGAAGUCGCCACCAUGCAUUAUGCCACCUAUUGGAGGGAUAUAGUCGUUCGGUACCGCGUUAUGAUAGAUGGCUGGCCACAGGACAUUCCUUUCAAGAAUCUCAGUAAUAUCUCGAACAACGGCAUACUCGAUCGACUCUUGCAGGGCUGGCAGUCUGGCGGGAUUCAUUUCCGCCGGAUUAGUGAUGCGGAGUUUGCGAGCCUUUGCGCCAAUGCCACUACUGGUGGCGAAACUGAAGGCGCCGAGGUUUCUGAUGGCGAGUGA